AUGUCAAAAAGCAAGACAUCCGGAUACAAGGGUCCAUGUGGCUAUCAGAAGAGAAAAGAAGGGGAAGGAAGAAACUGUGUGCGCUACAAGUGUGGCCUUACAAACACCAUACAGGAUGUCCUGCGGCACAGACCGGGUUGGGUAGAGGUGAAAGAUGAUGCAGAAUGGGAUUUUAACUGGUGUGAUGUUGGCUGGCUGAGAGAAAACUUUGAUCAUUCUUACAUGGAGGAACAUGUGAGGAUAUGCCAUUUCCGCAACCAUUAUGAGUUGACACGUAAAAAUCUGAUGGUCAAAAACCUCAAAAGGCACCGGAAGGCUCUGGAGAGGGAAGCCGGCCGUUUAGAAGCUGCCAAAUGUGACUUUUUCCCUCGUACCUUUGAGCUACCCAGCGAGUAUCACCUAUUCGUGGAGGAAUUCAAAAGAAAUCCUGGCAGUACAUGGAUCAUGAAACCGGUGGCUCGCUCUCAGGGCAAAGGCAUAUUUCUCUUCCGUAAACUGAAGGAUAUCAUGGACUGGAAAAAGGAUGGAACACGCUCAGAGGAACAACGGGAUGAAACUCAAGUAGAGAGCUAUGUCGCUCAACGAUACAUAGAGAAUCCGUACCUCAUUAAUGGCAGGAAAUUUGACCUCAGAGUCUACGUACUUGUGACAUCAUACAACCCCCUGAAAGCCUGGCUGUAUCGAGAUGGCUUUGCCCGAUUCUCAAGCACACGAUACUCCCUCAGCAGCAUAGAUGAUCAGUACAUCCAUCUCACUAAUGUUGCAGUGCAGAAAACUGCUCCAGAUUAUGACCCUGAAAAGGGUUGUAAAUGGCAGAUUCGCCAGUUGCGUCGUUACUUGACGGCAAAACAUGGGUCAGAGACAGUGGAGACUCUUUUCAAGGACAUUGAUAAUAUAUUUGUCCGCAGUUUACAGAGUGUGCAGAAAGUCAUCAUCAAUGACAAGCACUGUUUUGAGCUCUAUGGAUAUGACAUCCUGCUGGACCAGGAUCUUAAACCAUGGCUGAUUGAGGUAAAUGCCUCACCAUCUCUAACAGCGAGCAGUCAGGAAGACUAUGAUCUGAAGUUUCGACUUCUGGAGGAUACACUUCACAUUGUGGAUAUGGAGGGUCGUCUUACGGGUAAGGAGAAGAGGGUGGGAGGUUUUGACCUGAUGUGGAACGAUGGGCCAGUCUGCAGAGAGGAUGUCAACCUGGAAACACUGGGCAGCUCUUCUUUAAAAGCCAACACACACCUGGGUUGUGUGAAUGACAGGGAGAAACAGCUCUGCCAGCUCCUCAAACCUUUCUCUGGACAGAAAAAAACAUAG